GUAAAGGUCCUGGUGGGAGGGGAGGGGUGGGCUGGGCUGGCUGGAGCCCGGGCAGAGUGUGGGGAGCACCCAAGUGGGACCAGAGGAACGUCGUGUGUGGCAGCAAGGAGCCCGCAGAGAGCCAGCCUGAGGCAGAGUGCAGGUCGAGGCCUGUGAUUCUCCUAAAUGCAGAGGUGACUCUGGUCAGUCAUUCACUGGGCUCCCCUGCUGGGUCAAAAGGCAGCUCUCUGGCCACCUCGCCACCCCUCCUGAGACCUCAGGGCCUCACAGGAACAUGGCGCCGCUCUGGGGGCUCCUGGUGCUCAGCUGGUCCUGCCUGCAAGGUCCCUGCUUCGCGUUCUCCCCUGUGAGCGCCAUGGAGCCCUUGGGCUGGCAGCUAACUAGUGGGCCAAACCAGGAGAAGGUGUCCCCACUUACUCUCCUCAAGUUGGGCAACCAGGAGCCUGGUGGCCAGACUGCCCUGAAGAGUCCCCCAGGAGUCUGCAGCAGAGACCCCACCCCAGAGCAGACCCGCAGGCUGGCCCAGGCCAUGAUGGCCUUCACUGCCGACCUGUUCUCCCUGGUGGCUCAAACGUCCACCUGCCCCAACCUCAUCCUGUCACCCCUGAGUGUGGCCCUGGCGCUGUCUCACCUGGCACUAGGUGCUCAGAACCACACGCUGCAGAGGCUGCAACAGGUGCUGCAUGCAGGCUCAGGGCCCUGCCUACCCCAUCUGCUGAGCCGCCUCUGCCAGAACCUGGGCCCCGGCACGUUCCGACUGGCUGCCAGGAUGUACCUGCAGAAAGGAUUUCCCAUCAAAGAAGAUUUCCUGGAACAGUCCGAACGGCUAUUUGGUGCAAAGCCCGUGAGCCUGACGGGAAAGCAGGAAGAUGACCUGGCAAACAUCAACCAAUGGGUGAAGGAGGCCACGGAGGGGAAGAUUCAGGAGUUCCUCUCUGAGCUGCCAGAAGACACCGUGUUGCUUCUCCUCAACGCCAUCCACUUCCAGGGUUUCUGGAGGAGCAAGUUUGACCCGAGCCUCACCCAGAGAGACUCCUUCCACCUGGACGAGCAGUUCACAGUGCCCGUGGACAUGAUGCAAGCCCGCACGUACCCUCUGCGCUGGUUCUUGCUGGAGCAGCCUGAGAUCCAGGUGGCUCAUUUUCCCUUUAAGAACAACAUGAGCUUUGUGGUCCUUGUACCCACCCACUUUGAAUGGAACGUGUCCCAGGUACUGGCCAACCUGAGUUGGGACACCCUGCAUCCACCUUCGGUGUGGGAGAGGCCCACCAAGGUCCGGCUGCCUAAGCUGUAUCUGAAACACCAGAUGGACCUGGUGGCCACCCUCAGCCAGCUGGGCCUGCAGGAGCUGUUCCAGGCCCCAGACCUGCGCGGGAUCUCUGAGCAGAGCCUGGUGGUGUCCGGCGUGCAGCAUCAGUCCACCCUGGAGCUCAGCGAGGUCGGCGUGGAGGCGGCAGCGGCUACCAGCGUCGCCAUGUCCCGCAUGUCCCUGUCCUCCUUCAGCGUGAACCGCCCCUUCCUCUUCUUCAUCUUUGAGGACACCACAGGCCUUCCCCUCUUUGUGGGCAGUGUGAGGAACCCCAACCCCAGCGCACCACGGGAGCUCAAGGAGCAGCAGGAUUCCCCGGGAGACAAGGACUUCCUCCAGAGCCUGAAAGCCGGCCCCCGCAGAGACAAGCUCUUCGGCCCUGACUUGAAACUUGCGCCCCCCUUGGAGGAGGAUUACCCCCAGCUUGGCAGCCCUAAGUGAGGGGCCGUGGCUGUGGCAUCCAGAGUCCCUGCCUGGACCAGCCUCUCCACUCAUGUGACUCUUUCCAACCUGCUUUGUGGCGCUCGGGCAGGGGCCGGGGAGCUCUCAGAGAGGCUAUUCUUUCCCAACAUCUCUUGGGGAGUUUAGGGCGGGGGGGGGGCGGUUGGGCGGAGGGCAGGCAUCGGGGAGCCGGGAGCCUGACCCCCAUCUUUCUUCCAAACGGGCUCAGAGGGUGUCCUGUGCCGGGGCCUGGGCAGGAGGGAGGUGCUGCUAGUUCUGCCAGGAGACAGGUUAGCUGCUCCCCACGUCAGCUGGGACACCCCUACUUUUGUUUACCAGAGAGAAAAGGAGGGGGAGAGGGCCGUCUUUGGACUUGUCCCGGGACACCGAGGCUAGGGCGGGGAGAGACGGGCCCUGGUGGUGGCCCUGGAGGGACAGCGUUGUCCUCAGCCCCCCGUGGAACUCGUGUCUGGCACAGCCUGACCGUGGCCUAACCUGCUGAGAGCCCAUCAGCCUCCAUCCCACCCCCAGGGCCUUGUCAUCCCGGCUUCCCACGGCUCCUCGAGAUCCCAACACUGCCAGCAUCUCCCUUCCUUCCUCUCUCCUGUCUCCCUCCUCUGCCUGGGAGCUCAGGAGCCAAGGCAGGGAAGGGUCCUGUGGGCUCCUUAAGGCUCUUUUGUAAGGUUUUUGUAGUGAUUUUUAUGCCACCUGAAUAAACAAUGAAUGGGC